AUGGAAAAGAAUGAAGGUUUGAAGGAAGAAGAAAUAAAAAUUGCGAAAGUGACACGCUUAGAUAAAACAGGGUGCCCAAUUGUAAGGGGGUAGAAGGGACACAAAAUCACAUUUUGCGAUGAAGUGAUAGCUGGGAAACCUAUUCAUAAUAUAAUUUUCGUCGAAUGUUACAAACAAUUCAAUUUGCCUUCAAAUGAUAUGGAAGUUGCUGAUGAAUGCUGCUUAUUAAUAUGAAGAACUUUGAUUUAUUUUAUGAGUUUGUUUUCUUUGAAUUCAAUUUUAACA